AUGGCUGGACAGGGAGAACCCCAGAUCCAGUUCAAACUUGUAUUGGUUGGUGAUGGUGGUACUGGGAAAACGACCUUCGUGAAACGUCAUUUGACUGGUGAAUUUGAGAAGUGUAUAGCCACCUUAGGUGUCGAGGUUCAUCCUCUAGUGUUCCACACCAACAGAGGACCUAUUAAGUUCAAUGUAUGGGACACAACCAGCCAGGAGAAAUUCGGUGGACUGAGAGAUGGCUAUUAUAUCCAAGCCCAGUGUGCCAUUAUAAUGUUUGAUGUAACAUCAAGAGUUACUUACAAGAAUGUGCCUACCUGGCAUAGAGAUCAGGUGCGAGCAUGUGAAAACAUCUCCAUCGUGUUGUGUGGCAACAAAGUGGAUAUUAAGAACAGGAAAGGGAAGGCAAAAUCCAUUGUCUUCCACCAAAAGAACAAUCUUCAGUACUACAACAUUUCUGCCAAAAGUAACUACAACCUUGAAAAGCCCUUCCUCUGGCUUGCUAGGAAGCUCAUUGGAGACCCUAACUUGGAAUUUGUUGCCAUGUCUGCUCUCCCCACCGGAGGUUGUCAUGGACCCAGCUUUGGCAGUACAGUAUGAGCAUGACUUAGAGGUUGCUCAGAUAACUGCUCUCCCGGAUUAGGAUAAUGACCUGUGAGAAUGAAGCUGGAGCCCAGUGUCAGAAGUCUUAGUUUUAUAGGCAGUUGUCCUGUGAUGUCAGCGGUGCAGCGUGCGUGCCACCUCAUUGUUAUCUAGCUAAGCGGAACAUGUGCUUCAUCUGUGGGAUGCUGAAGGAGAUGAGUGGGCUUUGGAGUGAAUGUGGCAGUUUAAAAAAUACCUUCAUUGUUUGGACCUGCAUAUUUAGCUGUUUUGGAAUGCAGUUGAUUCCUAGAGUUUCAAAUAUAAGACUGCU